AUGAGCGAAAGAGACGAGCAGAAGCCUACUAGGGAGCAGGACAAAUAUGUACCGCCACCUAUGGACCCAUAUGCUCGAUAUCAAACACCCUACGAUCGUCGUCCUACCGAUGACAAAAAUCCAUUCAUCGAAUUCCGCCGCUUUGCCGAUAAGCAGUUGUCCUCAUUGUUCGAUGGCUGGGAAAGCUUUCCCAGCUUGCCAAAGAUGUUCGGCAUCUCGGAUGAGAUGCAGAAGAUGAGGGAACAUACUGACAAGAUGAGAAACGACAUACAAAAGCAUAUAGAGCAAGUCAUGGAGGAGAGGCAACACAUCAUGGACGAUUGGAGCACGAACGAUCAGGUUGACAAAGUAAGAGAAGUUAUGCAAAAGCACUUGAGAGAACUCAAAGAAGAGAGACAACGCAUGCUGGAAGAUCUUUGGAGUAGCAGGCGAGAAGAGUCGCAAAGGGCUGCACCGGUAGCAUCGUCUGAUGAGCAGGACCUUCCGAAAGGAUGGCUAGCGGCUAUUAGCAGAGAUGGCAAGACCUACUAUAUCGAGCAAGCCAGUGGCAAGGCCACUCUAGAGCCUCCUACAAAAUCUGUACUUCCUAUCGCUUCGGAACUGAAAACAUCAGAAGACAACAUAGAUACCACAUCACAAAGCGGUAUGCGUAGACCACAGGAUGUUUUCCCUGUCGUAGAGGACAAGAACCCUGAGCGUGCUGACACGAUCGAUGAUCAGGCUGCAAGUUGGGAACGUGGACUGCGUGACUGCCCUGGGCUCAAAGAUUACACUAAUUCAGCCAUGCAUCAGGAAAUGGAUGACGAGUUUUAUGAACAUGAGUCGAAUGAUCGUAGUGCUAUUGGGGAUAGGCAAGCGCAAUGGAGACGAGGUUUUAGGAAUUGCCCUGAGCUCAAGAAGCACAAUGACGGCACUGAGUUGGCCAUGUACGAAAAUCUGCGCGCGCAGCAGAAUAACGACUACUAUCAUUCCGAUGAACACUGGGAAGAGGUUUGGCAACGGGGGUUUGAGAACUGUCCAGACCUCAAGACUAACGGUGAGGAGAAGCGCUCCCUCAUCGAAGCAGCCCUGGGUAGACGUGACGAGCAUGAUGCAAUCGUUACAUUGCCCGCGAGCACCAAAGGGAAAAUGGGUCGAUGGUCGUGGCUGCCAUCUGUUGGGUUUGAUGGCUUACAGAUGCAGCGCGCCAGUGGAUAUCCUGCCCUACCAGAGUCAUCUCAAAUUGAACGUCGAGCACACAUCGAGAACGCGAAUAGCCCCGAUUAUGACAACGAACGUCUCACAGAAAGGAAAGAGCCUACAUCGGAAGAUUUGGACGACGUGGCACGCCUAGCAUUGAAAAGAGCUAUCGAUGUACUUCGCAACGCAGAUAUGGUAUCGAGGUUGCUGCAGUUCACUGACGCUGAGACUCUAGAUGACGAGCCAGAGCUUUCUUCCCACAGUCUGAUCGAUCCGACGUUGCUUGCUCUGUUUGUUCAGAACGGGUUAGAUAAGCACUUGAUGGACAUUGACGAAGACGUCGACGAGGAACAUCCUGUGGAUCAGCAGGCAGCAACGUCGUCUGAAAGAGAUUCUGAAACAAUCCCUCGUUCCAUACAAGCCUCGAAACAGCUUCAGCCAGAACAGAUCAUGCCUUCUAUCGUCUCAACCAUGACAACCACAGAGACGAGAACACUGCCCGAUGGCUCAGUAGAAACGAAACGUGUUUUGAAGAGACGAUUCGCGAAUGGAAAGGAAGAAAUGGAAGAAUCACAUGAUAUAUCCCAGCCCACGAAGAAUGCAAAGAACCUUGAGAGCAAGAAGAGACUGCCGCAUAACUUCGUGGCACAAGGAUCGGACGACCCACAGCAGAGGAAGCCAGGCUGGUUCUGGAACUGA